UUAUGUAAGAGACUUUUGUGACGUGUUCUUUUAUAAGUUGAACAUAUUUAUAAAGUCCUGUGUUCUGCAGCGCCCUUGUCAUUCCAGUGGUGAUCAACGUCGACAGUGGGUCUUUAUUGGAGCGGGAAGCAAGUUCAUAUUGUGAAAAAGAGCACCUAAAGAAUACGUUAUAAUGUUCCAGAUACAUCCUAAAAUGAUGACAAUUGUGGUAUUAGUUAUCAUAUGUGCAUUCUGUUUGAAAGAUUCUUUAGCCAGACAUAAUCCAUAUACACCAACUAAAUACCAGAAGAAGAUAGCUCAAGGAUUUUCCACGAAUUAUUUCAAAACCCUCAAUUUCAAGAAAUACAACAAGAAAAACUUAGCUGAUAUUUAUGAACGAGGUUUUAGAAAUGUACGAUUAAGAUGUAGAGCAGAUCUUGACAAUUUAAACAUGGCUAUCUUUUUGGAUAAUUUAGAGACUGUCGUGAACGAUUGUCUUGCUACGAACAUUGCUCCAAUAAUUUCUUGGAUCCAUCACGAGGCCGAAGCUUUCGCUACUGAAUCACAUCGAACCAAUUAUUUGAAGUGGUGGAGACGAGUUGCUGAAAAGCUGAAAGAUAAGGACUACAGACUUUCAUUCAACCUAUUUACAGAACUAGGAGUCGACUCAUGUGAAAAUGAGUGCGCACAAAGUCUCAGAGAAAACACAGCAAAAUACAACGACUGGACAUCUGCUGUCGUAAAAAAGAUAAGAAAAUCCGGCGGAAAGAAUGAUAAACGGAUGCUGAUUCUAGGUUCUCCAAAGAAAACUGCUAAAGGAUUAGAAGAAAUCGACCAAAAUAUUUAUAAAAACGAUCCUUAUAUGAUGGCAGAGUGGCAUAUCUAUGCAUCCGGACCAAAUAAAAAACUAACGAACGACGGAAAUCCAGGUCAAAAAUAUUGGUCUGGGACUGGCGACGAUUUUGGAAAAAGUAAUGUCAUGCUUGCCAUCGGAUAUGCAAACUAUUUUACAUCAUUUUACAAUUUGACCACUUAUCUUGGUGCUUGGAUGCCACAAGCUAAUGAAUUCGGGGACUUGAACCAAUCGGAAAUCAUUAAUUUUGGAAAAUAUUUUGUCCAAGUAAUCAAACCGAUCCCUUGGUCGAUGAAUGUUCUUGAUACCUACUACGACACAAGGAACAGCGAUUGGAAAUUAGAUGACCAGGUUAUCAAAGGUCAGACAUUGAAUAUGUCACGAGUUCUGGAUGAAAUUAUAUCGGUUAUGAAAUGAAUUCAGAAAAAACAUUUUUUUUCCAUGG